UCGUGCGGGGCCGGCGGCGGGUGCGGGAGCGGGGCCGGUCGGCGGGACCGGGGCGCGGCGCGGGGCGAGCGCACGGGCCCAGCAUGGUGCAGAUUGUCAUCUCCAGCGGUGGCACCGGGGCCCUGGCACAGUGGGUGCUGCUGGAGCUGCAGGGCGAGGUGGAGCCCCGGCAGAGCGGGGACCUGGCCGGGAGCCUGCUGGGAGACCUGCACUACACCUGUGAGGGCGUCCCUGUGCUCAUCGUGGGGCACCACAUCCUCUACGGGAAGGUGGUGCAGCUGGAGAAGCCGUUUGCUGUGCUGGUGAAGCAGGGAGGAGCCUCCCAGCCCAGCCCCGGGGAGCCCCAGGGCCACUACACCGUUACUGCCCUCAUCAAAACCAAGCUGCUCUUCAAAACCCGCCCCAAGCCCAUCAUCACCCACGUGCCCAAGAAGGUCUGAGGGGAAGGAUGUGGGCUAUGAACUCUGAUCUGCUGCUGGAAAAAGCAGCAGGCACUUGGGGAGAUCCAGGAUGUCAUCCCUGUCCUGCACAGGGGACACUGGCACUGCUGGGUCCUGUGUCUGGGUCACUUGUCCCCCCCAAAAUGACUCUUUUCAGAGAGCAACCAAGCUCUUGGCCACAGACCCCAUGGAUCACCCCAGGUCCAUGGCUCCUGGUAGGUUGGGACUUCCUGUGAGCGGGGCAGGGCUGUCCCACCCUGGAGCUGCCCACAGUCUCCAGCAGGUCCCAGGGAUCCAUGGAGGUGCCAGAGUGGAGAUGUCUCCUUCCACCCCCUCCCUGCAGCUGUGGGGACACCAGUGCCACACAGGGACUCAGCACCAACCUGCCUCAAGUCGGGCAGGGGGCUCAGGGACCCUCCCCAAAACACACCAUGCGUCCUCACUUCAAGUCUUUAUUUCCACAACUCCGUCAGGAUAUAAAAACCAGCCUUUUCCACCCGAAAUAUGGAAAAAAAUUCCCCUGGCAGGUUCAAAAAUAAAUAGAUUUACAAACCA